CGAGGACCAAUCUCGCCGCUGAAAGGAGAAAGAUGGCGGGUGCUGAGGGAGAGGCUGAGGCUCCGCGGCUCUCCGAGCUGCUCGACGGCGGAUGGAAGUUGUACGAAGAGGUGGAAAACACCUCGGAACCCAGCGGAUCCAACCCGGUCCAGGUGAAGGUGAAGCGGGGCAUGAAGCAGCUGGAGGAGGCGCUUAGCAUGGUGGAGCAGCUGGACCUCUUCAGCCGUAAUGAAGAGCUGGACGAGGUCGCCACAGCUGACCUGAAGUACCUGUUGCUGCCGGUGUUGCUGGCGGCACUGACGCUGAAGCAGGUGAGCGCGGCCCAGCGGCUGGAGCACGUGCAGAAAGCUCGCCAACACUUCCUGGACUUCUUGCGCAGGUGUAAAGAUUACGGCAUCGGCAGCUUCCACAUGCCUGCGGACGGCGAGCAUGCAGAGGCCACGCCCACAGAGGCAGAGUCGGACUCUCCGGUCCCUGUUCCGCGGCCCCAGCAGCCUGAUCUCAUCGCCAUGGCAACACAGAGGCAAGCCAAAAUCGAGAGGUUUAAGCAGCGUAAGGAGGCAGAGGCGAAGCUGGCCGAGCUGCGCGUUGCAGUGGACGGCGGCUCGGCGGACGAUGAGGUGCUGAGGGAGUUUUACCUGCUGCAGGUGCGCAGGUGGAUCACCAUCGCCAUCGAGGAGAUCGACUCCAUUGACCAGGAGAUACCGAUCUUGAAGAGGAUGGACGUUCUCAAACAGAGUCCAGCUCAGCCUCCUCAACCAAGAAGACCCCCAAUGAAGCCCUUCAUUCUAACUAAAGAUGCCGUACAGGCCAAGGUAUUUGGAGCAGGUUACCCAAGUCUUCCCACGAUGACAGUGGAUGACUGGUAUGAGCAGCACAGGAGAAAAGGAUGCUUACCUGACCAAGGAAUACCCCAGAGUGCAGCGGAUGUGGACGCAGAGGAGCGAGAGAGGGAGGAGAAAGAGCGCAGAGAGGAGGAGGAGGAUGAGGAGGCCUUACAGAAGGCCAGAGACUGGGACAACUGGAAGGACACGCACCGGAGAGGAUAUGGCAACCGCAAGAACAUGGGCUGAGCACACACCCUCACACACAACACGGCAGCAAAGACUUUGGAUGGCCUUACACACACACACACACACACACCCACAUAUACCCACACAUAUACCCAAACACAUACCCACACACCCACACACAUACCCUCUCUCUCUUAAGGACAUGUAGAGCAGAGGAUCUGGCAACCCUUAUAGUGUGUAUGAGAGAGACUGUAAAGACACUGGAUGAGUUUAAAUACUUAAACACUUUAACCUGCAUAUACAGUACUGCGCAAAAGUUUCUGCCACCUGACGUUAUAUUUAAAAAGCGGUUUAUCUGGACAGUAAGUGUGAAGUUUCUCAUGAAGCACUGAUGUCAAACGAUUAAAAUAAUUCAUUGUGAUUAA